CUCGUGUUUUUGUGAUAAGCUGAUCACUUGUAUCAUGGUCGUUACGAUUUCACGAGUUUAAAAACUAAAUUAUUUCAGGCACACCGUCACAGUAAUAUUUAUCUAUUCUGUGGUAAUACAGUUAAAAUCCUAUAAUCACAAUUCACAAGUGACCACAAUUUCUGUACUCUCAGAAAACUAUUGUAGUGUUAGACGUAGAUUUAAACGUUUCGUGAAUAAAGAGAAUYGUGUUUUCAUCGUUAUUGUAUAGCUGCUUUUGGUGUUYAAAAUAUUUCUCUGUUGUUUUAAAUUUUGAUAAGGAAACUCGUGAGUCGUGUAUGACAGUACCUACGUACCGAAAACAUACGAUUUAAUAUGUGUUCUUUGAGAGAUUUCCCUGAACUACGGGAUUGCAGUAUUACAGAUAAGAAUGCAUCCAUGGCAUUAGUAAUCAAAAGAGUGAAACCUGAGUUGAAAGGAGAUCAAAAUCCUGAACCUUUAUUUUUACCAACUUCAGGACUAACAACAUUUCAACAAAUUCUAAAUAAAUUUGUUGAAGAAAACUUUUGGACUGCUUGUGAUGAAGUAACAAAAUAUUUCAAAAGAAAUCCAAGUAAUCUAUCAAUUCUUAUGUAUCCGUUGGGAGUAAUAAUGAAAUUUUCUCCUCGCGCAAGUUUGAAG